UUAUAUGGAAUCUCUGAAAAUCUGUUAAAAUCAAAGAAAUUUACAAUCUUUAGAAAUCUUUUCCGAUUUCGUUACCACGAAGAUCAGUCGGACAAGGAGGCGAAGGAACUGAAGGCAAUUGUAGGCGGACGAACCGAAGGCGAAGCAAAACGAACCGAACGAACCGAUCCUGGAGAUCUUGAGAAGGAGGACAUCGUCAACUCAUACAAAAAGAUGACUAUCGAAGAACUCCAGAAGGAGCUUAAUUUCGAUGAGGAAGCGGUAGAGGAUAGUGAAGAGGUGACCGAGGCGCAGACUUUCCCGGUGGUUGGAAUGGUUGUCACCGAUCGGAAAAUUAAGCUGUCGGGAUUUUAGGAGCUAAUGACUUCGCUCUGGCGAUCGGUGAGAGGUAUGACUAUCAAAGAAAUUGGAGAAAAAAGGUAUCUGCUAAACUUUAAUCAUGUUUUGGAUAUGAAUCGUGUGCUUGAGGAUGGUCCUUGGCUUUUUGAACGUGAUUUAAUUCUGAUGAAAGUUGUUCAGCCUGAUGAUAUACCUGAGUCUAUGAAUUUAUUUGAGGCUAGCUAGCUUCUGGGUACAGGUUCAUAAUGCCCCCAUUAAGUUUAGGAAUUUGGGAUCUGCCAGGAGAAUUGGUAAUUUUUUAGGCACUUUUAUUAAAUUCGAAAUGUGUCAUUAUGAUGGCAACCAGAGUUCUUAUCUACGUAUAAGGGUGUGCUUGGAUGUUCAUAGGUCUUUGAAGAAAGGUACUACGUUGACAAAAGAUGGGGUUAAACACUGGGUGGACUUUAAAUAUGAAAAACUACCCAGCUUUUGCUUUUUGUGUGGUAUAAUUGGACAUUUUGAUAAAUUUUGCCCAUUGAAGUAUGAAUAGGGUUUUGUUGUUGAAAAGUCCUAUGGGUAGGUCUUAGAGCAGGGGGGAGGGUGAAGACUAGCCCGACAGGACCCAAUAAAUGGCUAUCUAGUGAGGCAUCUAGCUUAGGUGGAUAUGGAAUUCAGCGGAAGUCUGAUCUCGGGGGAGAAUUUUCAGCUGAAUCAAAGAGACAAAGACCAAUAUUUCACAACAGAAUGAGGCAGAGGAAAAGGAGGAAGCCCCUAGAGAUACAAAGAGGAGAAGAAACAGGGAUGAUCAGGCUGAAGGAGAUGGUACGGGCGAAGGCAUGGCUCUCGACGGGCCAAAAAAUGGGAUGGCGGCGGGUCAAUCUACUUAGGCCCGUCGAGGAUUUACUUGUUGUUGCUGAUGCUAAAGACCAGGAAUGGUGUUAUUUUAAUUUAUUGUUUUGUUUGGUGUUCCUGGGUUUUAUUGUUAUGACAUGUUUUUUAUUGUUGCGUGUUUUGUAAGACUCUUGCAUUAGGUUUGGGUUUUGAAAGCUCUAUGGUAAUCGUCAUUGGCUUUAAGUUGCCAAAUCUCGAUCUAGCGAGUUAUACUGCUUUUCUACAGAAAUAAAGAUUAUGGUAUGAGGAUCAGCUCUUCGAAGAAGGUGUAUAUUGAAGAAUCAAAACAUCCCAAAAAGCUCUGUAGAUCAUGCAAUGUACAUCAUGAUAGCAAGAAUUGCCCCUUGCACAAACAUGAUUCCAUAAGAUUAAUAUAGUUCUUUAGUUAUGUUGUUUGGUUACCUUCUUCUAUGUAUUGGUAUGUAGUAUAUUGUAAAUAAAUUUCAGAAAUGAGUCGAAUUUUCCCUUUUGUUCAUUGUAUUUUAGCUUUUGUACUGUAUACGUGUCUGAUUCAUUGUCAGACAAUCUACUAUCACCCAUUUUUCAUUAAAUUUGCAUUUUAU